AUGCUCGGGCUGCAGGCCGGAAAGCAUGUGCUCUGCGAGAAGCCCUUUACUGCGACGGCUAGACAGGCACAUCGACUCGUCGAGACCGCACGCGCGCGUAACCUUUUCCUCAUGGAAGCCAUGUGGACACGCUUCCUGCCAAUCUCGGCUCAGAUUCGGGAAGAAGUCCAGAAUGGCGCCAUUGGGCCCGUUAUUCGGAUCUUUGCUGAUAACUCGAUCGGAACGAACGCUUUGAAGGAGUUGAAGGACAGCUAUCUUACCAAGAAGGAUUUGGCUGGGGGCGCGUUACUAGAUUUGGGCGUAUAUCCAGUGCACUGGAUCAUGCAGACCCUCGCUCCCAGCCCCGAUCCCAAGCCCAGCAGCAUUCUAUCAGCAAUAACACCCCUUCUUGGCGCCGGGGUGGAUGAAUCGACAACCAUUAUUAUGACCUUCCCCGGCACAAGUCCGUCGCCUGUAUCCGUGCAGGCGAUUGCCAGUUCCAGCCUACGCGCCAUGGCGGAUCCGGAUGGUCACACCCCGGUAGUACGAAUCCAGGGAGACAGCGGGGAAAUCCAGAUCUAUGGCCCGCCUUGGUGUCCGUCCAAGUACCGGAUCAUCAAACGAGUGCAGCAGUUUGGUAUUACAGGUGGAGGGGAAGACUUCGAGUAUCGAGUCCCAGGGGGCGCACAUGGGCUUUGCUUCGAAGCGGACGAGGUCGCCCGUUGUGUCCGAGAUGAACGCCUGGAAAGUGCAACCAUGCCGUGGACGGAAAGCCUGACUGUCAUCGAGAUACUGGAUGCAGUGCGUAGGGCUCAUGGGCUUUGCUUUUCAGAGAUCGUCGAGUCGGAGGAGUAUCCAGUAAUUAUGCCCGCUAAGAUGAACUAA